CAGGGGGGCGAAAAGGGCCAGGGGAGCGAAAAGGGCCAGGGGAGCGAAAAGGGCCAGGGGAGCGAAAAGGGGAUGGAAGAUGGAGAGGGCGAGCAGGAAGGUGAGGGGACUGACAAGGGAAAGGGAAAUGGUGAGGGGGGGGACUUGAACGCGCUGUUGCCAGUAGAGGAGCUGCUUAUAGCGUGGCAUGACAUGGGCAAGCCGGUUACUGCUUGGUUGCUUUGUGUGGGCGCAGCAGCAGCAGAGAAAGAGCAGCUCUGUGCAGCAGACGCACUAGCAGCAGCAGCCGGGGCUGCUGGUGAACGUACUCCAUCUGGUCCGGAGGCUGCUUCCGAACGCGCUGCUUCCGCUGAUGCGCCUUCAAGCAGAGAUACCCAGAAUGCUGAGUCCCCUGGCGAGACUAGAGGGGGGGACGGUAGAGAGGAGGGUGGGGGAAAGACGCGGGCUCUGGGGAUGGAGGCGGGGGGGCGGAAGCAGAGGUGGUGUUUGGUUUGUAUGAGCGGCUGGCUGUGCUGUGCUGGGAAAGGGAUGACGAGAGGGGCGAGGGGAGGGGGCGGUUUGGUGAUGGGCGGUUCGGUAGGGAAAGGAGACAUUGAUGUCGGCAGAGAGACUCCAGAAGCAGGAGGAGCAGUAGGAGCAGGAGGAGCGGCAGGGGCAGGGGCAGGAGCAGACAAGGUCUCACAAAGGUGCAAUGGCUUGUUGCUUCCCCUUGCUGCGUCGCACCCACACUCCCUACAUCAUCACCGUCAUAACAGUCACCGCCAUCUGCUGACAUCAGCAGUCCACAUGGACUUGCAGCGGUGGAUCCUACUGGACGGCUCCAACCUUCUCUUCCUACGUGUCACCCUCCAGGCCCUGCGCCUGCUGCCCCUUGCCACGUCCGGCUACCCUCCCUUGCUGCAUCUGCUGCUCUCUGCCGCUGAUCCGCCUACCAUUGCUUCUCUGCAGUCUGCACUUCUCUUGGGAGAGCUCUCUGUAUUCAAGAUCAGGCCCUCCUCUGUGCGGAGGAAGACUGAGAUCUCUGGACUUGGGACGAGUAAGGAGCCGAUGGAAGGAAACCAGCAGCAGAAUCAACAGGAUGAGCGGGGGUGGUGGCGGCAGCAGCAGCAGCAGCAGUUGUGGGUGUCGUUGGUUGGAGACAGUUGGUCGUGGGACGGACCGGAGCAGCAGUGGUUGUGGCAACUAGCAGCUGCUGAGGCUGCUGGUUGGGGGUUCCCUAGCAAAGGGCAUGUGGGAGACGAAAAGGAGGGCCAUUCGAAAAAAGAGGAGAAGCAGCAGGAGCAGGAACAGGAACAGGAGGAGGAUGUGCAGAAUCUUCCGCUACUUCUGCUACAAGCUAGUGCUGCUGCUGCUGCUGCUUCUGCCAGCAGCAACCCUUCUGCUGGUGACAUCACUGCCCUGGGUGGUGGGAAUGUUGAUGACAGCAGCACUCCCAGUAACAAGCCUGCUGCCUCUGCUGCCAGGCACAGCACAUGGGAAGGUCCAAGUUGUGAGGCACUCGCAGGGCUGGAGAUGCUCCUGCUGCAAGCAAGCCCAUCCCCCGCCCUCCUCUCCACACUCCUCUCCCUUCCUGCUGACCGCUUUGGCAGGCUGCCAUGCACUGUGCUGAGGGCAUGGGCGUUGAAGGACCCUGCUGGACUGUGCUCUCUUUUGAGAGAGCAAGGGCGGGUAUGGCUAGCCCAGAAUCAGCAGAACAGUGUUCUAGAAGGGGGGGGAACCGCCUCAGCAGGAAACCGCACAUGGGGAAGCGCUAAGAGCAGGAGUGGAAUCGCUUUGAGGUGUAACUUGCUUAGCCUGCUAACAGCUCUUGACAGAAUAGUGCAGACUGACUGUAGGGGGGAAAGGAGGAAAGGGGUUUACAUGGAGCUCUCAAAGUGCAUCAAGGAGCUGCUGUAAGGUUGAAUGUACAGUUGAGUUGUUAAGGAAAUAUAAUAAUGCAUCUCAU